CUUCAAGACAUGGAGAAUGGAGGAAGAAUUGCCUCUCAAGAAGAGCUAAGUGCUCUACCACCAUUUAAGGACACCAGCGCCUAGUCAGGACUGAACACACAGCUGGGGCAGAUUCCUGUCUUCCAAGAUGGAAACCGAUUCUCCCCCAAGUGCGGGCGUUGUGUUCAGGGCCCAGGGCCACCUCCCAGAACCCCCUGUCGGCCUCCGCGGGUUCUCACGUCCUCAGAGCGCAGUAACCGACAGGCUGGAACCUCAGCACCCACCGUCCAGCGCGCGCACCCCAGCCUCCGCGUGCCGCACCGCGCGCCCCGUCGUCACGGCAACCAGGGAGGCGCUGACCCCCAACCCCGCCCGGCCCCGCCCCUCGCGCAGUCCCGCUCAACAUGGAGACGGCCAACCCGGAAGUGGCGCGGCCGCCGCGCGCCCGGCGCUAGGAGCCGCGGGUCGCUGUCCAGGCCUCGCCUGGUGCCGCCGCCGGUCUCAGUUUGCCGCCCGCGCCCCGCGUCCCUCCGGCGUCGGUCCAGGACGGCCGCUUCCGACCCGCUUUCCCAGGCCUGCGCCACUCUCGGGGGAGGAGCCGAGGCGAGGCGAGGCCGCGCGGGCGGUGGGAGCCAGGCCCGGCGGCUGCCGACGGUUCGUAUCAGCCGGGUCGGAGGAGGAGCCGGGCCGCGCGGGGCUGAGGCCGGGCCGUAGGGGCACAGGCCCCGGCACGGCGGCGACGCGAGGCGCGGGGCUGCGCGCGGAGGCCCGGACGGCGCGGAGGUGAUGUGGGCCCCUGUGCUUCUACGGAAGAAAGGGACCCCCGCAGCGGCGGCGGCCACCGGGCCGGUCCUCUUGACAUCAGCCCUUAGGGACCUCGGGGCAGCCCUGACUCCCCAGCUCGCUGAAGUGCCCUUAAGGAUGCAGUGAUCAGUGUACGGGGCUCUCCCCGCGGGAGGGGCGCUGCCUGUGCUUCUGAACUCUGCUCAGAGAAAAACAAAAACAAAAAGAAAAAACAAAACCGAAAAACAAAACAAAACAAAAAAAGCCCCAGAAUGAUGCUGUCUGAGCAAGCCCAAAAGUGGUUUCCAACCCACGUGCAGGUCACAGUGCUCCAAGCUAAAGAUCUGAAGCCAAAAGGCAAAAGUGGCACCAAUGACACAUACACCAUAAUUCAGUUGGGCAAAGAGAAGUAUUCUACAUCUGUAGCGGAGAAAACCCUGGAGCCGGUCUGGAAGGAGGAGGCCUCUUUUGAGCUGCCUGGGUUGCUCAUGCAGGGUAAUCCGGAGAAAUACAUUCUUUUUCUUAUAGUGAUGCACAGGUCCCUGGUGGGACUGGAUAAGUUUUUAGGGCAGGUGGCAAUCAAUCUCAAUGACAUCUUUGAGGACAAACAAAGAAGGAAAACAGAGUGGUUUAGAUUAGAAUCAAAACAAGGAAAAAGAAUAAAAAACAGGGGUGAGAUAAAGGUCAAUAUUCAAUUUAUGAGGAACAACAUGACAGCAAGCAUGUUUGACUUGUCAAUGAAGGACAAGACGAGAUCACCUUUUGCAAAAUUAAAAGAUAAGAUGAAAGGCAGGAAAAGCGACGGGGUGUUUUCUGAUACGUCCUCUGCCAUCGUUCCGAGCACUCACAUGCCUGAUGCCAAUCCUGAGUUUUCAAGUGGUGAAAUGCAGAUGAAAUCCAAACCAAAAAAGCCUUUUCUUCUGGGUCCUCAGCGGCUCUCUUCUGCCCAUUCGAUGUCUGAUUUAACUGGGUCCCACUUAUCUUCUGAGAAGCUGAAGUCUAGCACUGUAGGCCCAACACAUCUUCUCAGUCACCAGAUAAAUUCCUUUGGAGUUGUUCCAGAAAGUGGAAGUCUCAAGUCUCCACACAGACGAACACUAAGCUUUGAUACUUCUAAAUUGAACCAACCUGGCAGCAUUGUGGAUGAAGGUGAACACUGUUUUGGAAGACAGAGUGACCCAUUUACAAAUGUGACUGCUUCAUUACCCCAAAAAUUUGCAACACUGCCAAGGAAGAAGAAUCCAUUUGAAGAAAGCAGUGAGCCAUGGGACAGCAGCACGAAUUUAUUUUCAAAACCAAUUGAAGUCAGGAAAGAAAGUAAGAGAGAGAAAAGGGAGAAGGUGAGCCUCUUUGAAAGAGUGACUGGGAAGAGAGAUAGCAGGAGAUCUGACAAGCUGAACAAUGGGGGAUCUGAUAGCCCAUGUGACUUGAAAUCACCUAGUGCUUUUAAUGAAAACCGGCAGGACUAUUUUGAAUAUGAGUCAACCAACCCGUUUACAGCAAAAUUCAGGGCUUCAACUAUAAUGCCAUCUUCAAGUUUUCAUAUGAAUCCAACAAGCAGUGAUGACCUCAGGAAAAUCCCGGAUAGCAAUCCCUUCGAUGCCACGGCUGGGUACCGGAGUCUGACCUACGAAGAGGUGCUGCAGGAGCUGGUGAAGCACAAAGAACUCCUUCGGAGGAAGGACACCCACAUCCGGGAGCUAGAGGACUACAUCGACAACCUCCUUGUCAGGGUGAUGGAAGAGACACCCAGCAUCCUGCGAGUGCCCUAUGAGCCAUCCAGGAAAGCUGAGAGACAAGAAUGAGGCUGGAUAACACCUUCCCUACAGACUCAGUGAUGAAAUGCUUAAGGUUGGCCAUUUGACUACAGGAAUCACACAGACAGGAAUGGAUGGGAAGCCAUACACAAGAGUUUUCCUCCAAGAAGUGAGAAGCUGGCAAAACCCCUCUCGGUCUCAAGAGCAAGCCAGAAACUCAGAGGCACACAGUCCGGACUCAGGGAUGCUUAUUAUUCAUGAGGACAACCUGACCACAUCAUGAAUGGGUAAUGAGGGUGCCACUAUCACCAAGGGAUCAAGCCCAAAGCCCUGGAAUAGCUAUGAAAUACAGUAUUGUGUUUACACACUGUAACCUCAUCCCACAAAAGCGAACAGCAAAGCCAGGCUUCUGUGUCCCACAGCUGAGCUUUCCUCUCUCUGGGUGGGCAGUACCCUGGCCUGACCUGACUAUCCAAGAAGCACCAAAUGAACAAGAGGAGAAGGAAAGACCAAUCAAAAGUCUGUUGCGCCAACCUCAAUAGAAUCAGGCUGUUGACAUGCUUUGAACUUAAUGGCAGAAAGAAUAUACCACAAAACAAUUUGCAUAUAUGUGUGUGUGUGUAUGUGUAUGUGUAUAUGUAUAUGUAUGAUUCAUAAAUACUUGGUGUUGUUUUGCUAAGGAUAUCCUGAUGGUGGAUCUGUAUAUGAUUUACAUAAAUGAUGUAUUUGCAUAAAUCAAGUUAACAAAUAUAGAUGCAUGCUUAUAAAAUGCUGACACCACUUACUACUCUCAUAAAAAUAAAUUGUGAGGUCUGACAUUUGAUAGACUGUGUGGUUUCUGGGCAACCAACUCAUGCUCCUGAUGAAUACUUGACUCUCUGUUGCUGAAAAAUAACAGGAAGCUACAGUCUGCCAUUUCCAGAGGCCUGUUCUCCUGGGAAAAAUACAGAUACUGGGAGAGAGGCAAUAGUCUAUGCAACGGAGAACUCAGCUUUAAGCCUUGACUAUCCUGGUGGGCUCUGGAGACAGAUUUCCUGAAUUCCCAUCCUGACUGUAGCUAAGUCAAUGUUCAGUUAGGACAAGUCAGUUCAUAUGUUCUUCGGCUUUCUCACGUUACAGAUAUAUAACUGGGAUAGAGACUAUACCUGCCUCUAAAGCAGGCUAUUAGUUGAAAGGCGUUAAGGCACGAGAAAGAACUUAGAAUAGUAUCUUUCCUAUGGAAAACAGACAGUAACUGUCUGCUCUGUAGGUGUUCUUAUGACACCAGUGACUUGUUGGAAAAAUAAUCUCCCAGAGCCAAAUGCUUACCUACCUAUCCCCUCUAGCUCUUGACUGGGAACACGCUAAUUUUCUUAGUCUUGAAGCCCUGGUGUUGUGAAUCUAUUUGUUCCAGUUGAAACACUCAUUCAUGCUUUGGAAACAAACAAAACAUACAAGAAUAAGAAUGACCCUGAAACUCACGGGAGUCCUAAGCCCCUGCCCCAAGCAGUAACAAUUGCAGAACUGGGCUUUGUAGUGAUGCAACUGCCUUCAAGUCAUCCAUGCUCCUGAAAACAAGACCAAUAAACUCAGUGGUUCACUAAGUUAA